CCCGGCGCCGCCUCGGGGUUGCUCGGUUCCCGGGCUGCUCCGGGAAGAGGAGAGCGAAGCAAGGCGCAGGGCCCGCGGGCUGGGCGCAUGGCUUAGGGACGUCCCCGCCCGCCGCGCCCCCAGCAUGGGGAAACUUCACUCCAAGCCGGCCGCCGUGUGCAAGCGCAGGGAGAGCCCGGAAGGUGACAGCUUCGCGGUGAGCGCUGCCUGGGCUCGGAAAGGCAUCGAAGAGUGGAUCGGGAGGCAGCGCUGCCCCAGCGGCCUCUCGGGACCCCGGCAGCUGCGGUUGGCAGGCACCGUUGGUCGAGGCACCCGGGAGCUCGUGGGCGAGGUUUUCAGAGAAGGGCCAAGUGAGGAGGAGGAAGAGGACUUCCGGCUAGAAGUGGCCCUGCCGCCUGAGAAGACGGACGGCCUGGGCAGUGGGGAUGAGAAGAGGAUGGACAAAGCCAGCGAUGCUUGCCCGGCCUCCAAGAAGCAGCUGAAAUUUGAAGAGCUACAGUGUGAUGUGUCCGUGGAGGAGGACAGCCGGCAGGAGUGGACCUUCACCCUGUAUGACUUUGACAACAAUGGCAAGGUCACCCGUGAGGACAUCACCAGCUUGCUGCAUACCAUCUAUGAGGUGGUCGACUCCUCUGUGAACCACUCCCCGACGUCCAGCAAGACGCUGAGGGUGAAGCUCACCGUGGCCCCGGAUGGGAGCCAGAGCAAGAGGAGCGCCCUUCUCAACCAGGCUGACUUGCAGAGUGUGAGGCCCAGAGCGGAGACCAAGCCUGCUGAGGAGCUUCGAAGCUGGGAGAAGAAGCAGCGAGCCCCCCUCAGGUUCCAGGGCGACAGCCGUCUGGAGCAGUCUGGCUGCUACCACCACUGCGUGGAUGAGAACAUCGAGAGGAGAAACCACUACUUAGACCUUGCGGGGAUAGAAAACUACACAUCCCAGUUUGGGCCUGGUUCCCCUUCAAUGGCCCAGAAGUCAGAACUGCCCCCCCGCACCUCCAACCCCACUCGAUCUCGCUCCCACGAGCCGGAAGCCAUCCACAUCCUACACCGGAAGCCCCAAGGUGCGGACCCAGGCUCCUUCCACUUCCUGGACACCCCGUUCGCCAAGGUCUCGGAGCUCCAGCAGCGGCUCCGGGGCACCCAGGACGGGAGCAAGCACUUUGUGAGGUCCCCCAAGGCCCAGGGCAAGAGCAUGGGUGUGGGCCAUGUGGCCAGAGGGGCCAGAAGCAAACCCCCUCUGGCACCUGCCGUCCCUGCCGUGCCCCCCUCUGCCCACCUGGCUGGCAGCCCUGCCCUUCUCCCCAGCCUGGCACCCCUCGGGCACAAGAAGCACAAGCACCGAGCCAAGGAGAACCAGCCGAGCUGCCGGGGCCUGCAGGCACCACUGGCCACUGGGAGCACCGUCUUGGGACGGGAGCAGGUGAGGGAGCUGCCUGCCAUGGUGGUGUACGAGAGCCAGGCCGGGCAGGCGGUCCAGAGACACGAGCACCACCACCACCACGAACAUCACCACCAUUACCACCACUUCUACCAGACCUAGAGCCUCCCCAGGGCCUUCCGCCAUAUGAAGGACCCUCCCCGACGCCCCAAGGCAUUAUUAUUCUAUUAAUUAUUGUUAUUAUGAUUAUUGUUAUUAAUAAUUAUUGUUACUCCACUAAUAUUUAGCUAGCCUUCAUGUAGGAGAUAUAUGGAAACAUAGAACUAAACUUUAAUUUAUAUGUUGUGGGGACUGUGUAACUUACCUGAGAAGUGACUCUGGGGUGGGACUGCAGCCACAGGAGCCCUCGGCCCCAACUCUGCCCUCCAGUCUCUUCCAGGAGAGCCCUUUCCCCCUGCUCCGCUUCAAGGCCCUCAGAAUCUCCAGUAAGACAAACAGCUGCUACCUCUUAGUUACUCUGAUUCAGUUUUGCCCUUAACUGAUUGCAUUGCGCUCCCAGGGAUUUCAGCGGACUGCAGAUGUGCGAACUCCUUGGUGUUGUUUUUAUGUCCAAACUCAGAACCUUAGCUGUCCUUUCUGGAGUCACCUCUCAUGCCUUUCCAGUGGGAUCAUGCUCUUGCCUCAAACCAGCGUCAUCUUUUUUGCCAUGCGCAACGCAAAAAUAUACUUCUCCUCCUUCCCCUCUUUCUCCUCUCUUUCUUCAAAGAUGCAUACUUCGUUAAGGACUGUCCCUGUAACCAUCCUUCUCAUGUGGGAAACCGCUAGGGAAAACCAACUACAUAAACAAGCGGGUUCUCCAAGCUCAAGCAAUUGUGUGGUGUUGGUUGGGACAAGGUGUGUGGAAACAUGGCGUUUUAACAUCAGCAGAUACGUACCUAUGUGGUUUUGACAGCUUCCUGUGCUUUAGGUAGCUGCCGCUGUCUGUGUCUGUACCUUUUCAUAAAUCUGCUCUCAGCUCUGCUGAUGUGCAGGAGCAGUGGGCUGUUUCUCUGGGUUUUUCCUGAGCCCAGGUGUGACUUUGUGUGCUUGCUGAUGUCCAUCAAAUGCAAACAGCUUCUUGCCUCUCCUCAGAGGACCUUUCUCAGGGCUUGGGGUCUGCAGAUUGUGGAGAGACCUACCAGGGUGUGGAAGCUCAGAGGGAAAUGGGGACGGUGGCUAGAGUUGGAAUCCUGAGGACCCGCCCUCCAAAGAGUAGGGUUUCAUCUGGCCAGGACCUGAGGAGACCAGGAAAAAGACUACUGUCCACCAGUUUGGGUUUCUCCAUAAAAUAGAUCCCAUACUCAAACUGAGUGAUUUGAGGAGAGCUGAAUAAAGAGGUUAUUGCCAAAGGACUGCAGAACCUCAGGGCUGGUCCUGUGGUGGGCUACUCCCACCCCGGGCCUGAGGCGAGCCAUCUUCCAGAUAGGGCUGGGUGUGGGGACACCGGAAGGAGCCGUGAUCUUUGCUCAAGGGAUGCACCCAGCUCUGGGGACCCUCCAGGGAGACAAACAUCCUGACCCUUCUCCGCUCUCUGUCCUAGUGAGACGACAUUGGCUGGAGACGCUGGGAGGCAGGGGGCCAGGAAGCUUGGCAGUGUGGGUCUUGAGAGCGGACAUUGAAUCUGGACAUCAGCUGCCCACCCUUUCUGCUGCUCUGCCUCAUGACUGGGACCCUUGAGUUAGAUUAAUGUAGAUAGCAGAUAGUUAUUUCUGAAGGUAGUGAGCUUGAGUUGUUACCAUAUUCUGUGGGCUACAUUAAUACAGUCCUCAAAACAUCCCUACAGGGCAGGCCCUGGAAGCUCAGGGAGUGCAUCUGUAGCUCAGAGAGGUUAAGGCAUUCUUUUGAGACCACACAGGAGGUAGCAGUGCUGGGAGUCUAGUCUCCCGGAGGACCCCUUACCGCUGUGUGGCCACUGGGUUUGGGCCUCCCUGUUCAGUCAGGAUCCACCACAAGUGAGGUAAACAUAAGCACAGCAGCAAAGGAGGGAGCUGGCUGUGAGGUGACGGGAUCCAGGUGUGAAUGAAGGUGGACGUGGUUUUGUCUUUUCCUCUCUGGACUGGCCGCAUCAGGGGCCCUGGCAGUGGCAUUCUGGAUCCCACACCAGAAGGGAAGGCUCUUCCACGAGAGACAAGCCCUGCAAAGAUAAGGACUGGCUAAGGCCAUCCCCGGAUCAGUCACCAUGACCUGUCCGGGCUCACACAUCCACUGGUGGCAACACCAGCAUCCAGGGAGGGGUGAGAGCAGACAGGAAUUAGUGGUCCGAGGCCCAGAGGGACAGGGCCUGCUGCUGUCGGAGGGGCCAGCCUCUGCGAGGCUGCUUCCUCUGCCCCACACCUGUCAGGAUUCUCUCAUUUCUUGCUAACUGGGAUGUCCUCAGCUUCUAAAAAUCAUUUAUAAAGUAGUAAUGUAUACAUGUGAGAGAUUUCAGUGUGCCCAGUAAAAGUGAACUUGCCUCUGUCCCCGCCCACCAGUGUCCUGAAGCUGGCUUCCUGGGGCCUCCUGGGCGUUGCAGGUGUGGUGUGGUGGUUGGGUGCACAGCCACUGGUGCGUGGGUUAAAGGCCCGGCACCUGCUCCACAGCUGUGCCUCAGUUUCCACUUGGCAAGCACCACUGAAGUGUUAGCUGUCCUUUGUUCCUAAAAUAAAAACAUUUAUGUACAAUAUCUCCCCAUAUAAACUUUGUAAUUUCAAGACAUUCCCAACACAAAAUUUGAAACAGAAAAUUGUAUGAUAGUAACCGAGCACACCCCCAGAAUUUACAAAUGCUCAUAUUUUGCGGCAUUAAUUUUAGAUCUAUUUUUAAGAAAGAAAUCCCUGCAGUUACUGCUUAAUCCCCUGCCCACCCCACCCUUUUAUUUUUACUCAAGGAACAGCAUAGUAUUCAUACUUGUGCCCUUUUUCUCUGCAACCUAAUAUAUCUGGAGAUCUUACCCCUCGGUCAUUGAGCUCGGCGCCCUUCUCCUAACAGCUGUUCUGCCUUCUCUUGCUUAGAGGCACUGUCCCCUCCUGCAGGCCUGUGAGUCAUCUCUCGUCCCAGGCUGUGACAGACACACUGUAUUUGAGGGCCCUUGUGUAUGUCUUGCCUCAGUGUCCACCGGCAAGAGCACUGGUGACAGAAGGUGUCAACACAACAGCCGAGUUCAAGAGCAGUGUGACUUCCAUGUUGAUGCUGUUGUAAGUGACCUCCAGAUGUGGUUGUAUGAAAUAAUUAGGAAUUGAAGGAAUAAGAAAGAAGACAGAAGGGAGGGAGAAAGGGGAGGGAAGGAGGGAGAGCAGAGAAGAAGGGGAGCCAGGGGAGGUUUGAGCGCAGCUCCUGCAGGCCGCUGUGGGUGAGAAGUAUGAUCUUGUUUGCGAAGCUGACCCCCAUUGCCGAGGACAGGUGUUGCUUCUGACCCCUGAACUCAGCAUGGGGGUCCCUGGGGCCUGGAGAAGUUGUAGGAAGCAUGACUUGCUGGCCACGGGCACACACGUGGCAUUAGCGGGCCGGCUGCAGCACUGCCCAUCUCUGCUGAUGCGUCACUGGGUGCUGAGGACACUUGGUGUGCUUAAGGAGACCCCCGGCAGCCAGGGCCUGCUUUCCUCUCCCAGGGAGCCAGGGAGCGGGGCUCGUGUACAACAUGCCAGUUAUACUUUCUGGCCAAGCAAGCAGCCAGGAGAAGUUGGGGGGGGGCGGGGGGGGGAUUCCCUCCUUUCUCAGCAGUCAGAUCCCAAAUCAUUACUGCGCCAGAGGGGAGGCGGUCUCAGAGGUGGGAGGACGAUGGGGCCAUCUCAGUGCUGGAUCUGUUGGGAGCCGCAACAAUCACCCCACUGCUGUGAGGCCUGUCUGUACUCUGGGACCCUGAAAUGCGCUUAGGCUGAAAACGCCCACCCAACACCCUCAGCUCCUCCUGGAAGAUGGAGCUUCUGGCCCCACCCGGCCCCAGGGCAGCUUGCUGUCCAUGCAGCCUCACCCAGCCCUCCUGCCCCUGCCUCCACUUCCCCAGGCAUGCACAGGGCUGAGUUUUACAGAGUGAACACAGAUGGUUCAGCCACCAGCUUACUGACUCCGAAAAACCAUGCCCGGGGACCCUUUCCAAGGCCUCAAACUGUAUCACAUCCCAUAGUCACACCCUUUGGGCAGUCUGGUCUGGGUCUUGGUCCUGUCAUCUCUCACAGCAGCAGACCUUUGAACCUAAGCCCUCUUCUCAGGGCCACCACCUCUGAGUGACUUUCCUAACAGCAGAGGGCUUCCUAGACCUUGCCUCUUCCUCCAGCAUGGGGAGGGACAUGAGCUUGAGCCACCUUAGCAGCGAAAGUCCUGUGGAGGGACUGGCAGAGCCCGGCACUGGUACACGUCCCCAUCCAGCUCACUGUGUAGACAGGGUCCUCCGCCCCUUGCCUUCUCCCACACAGCAGAACAAUCCUGGUACUACUAACCUAUGACCCUGACAGAGACAAGAGAAUCCCUCCUCUACCUGUGACCUCCAGGCCAGGCUUUGACCUCGGCCAGCCUUUUGGCACGGGUAGAGGUGGGCAGAGCCAGGUAGGGUGCAGGGAGGGUGCUUUUGAUGCAAUCCUCACUCCCAGCAAAAGCCGCUGCAGUUAGGCCCAGAGACCACACACGGUCUGCACCUUGGCACAAGCAGGGUGGUAGCCCAGCGGCUGCCACAAGGAGGGUGAGCGCUAACUGGUGUGGGAGGCAGACCCCUGCCCCUCCUGGGGAUCCAAAUACUUCCUGGGCAUUGGAGCAAGUGGCCAUGACUGCCACAGGACAAGACUGGAGGGUUCUAUAGCACGCCCCCGCCCUUAUGCUAAAGUCACAGCUCCCCAGGAGAGCCAGAUUUACUGAGACUGGCUGUCCUCCAGGUGGUCCGAGUGAGCCCUGGUGCAGGAACCAGUCUCUGCCCUCCUGUUGCUGAAGAUCAAGACCUAGCACUAGGGAGAUAGGAGCAAACUCUUGAAAACCUCCCUCCCCUGCCUUCACCCGUGUCCUCGGGGCCCUGGGCCAGGGCAGCCUUGGGCAGUGGGCCGGGAGCAGAGCAGUGGUCCUGCCUUGCCGCGGAGCCAGCUCCGUUCCAAACUGUGGGGUCCUGCCCUGCCACCAUGAGGGGUUGCUGUGGGGGCACGAGUGAGGGCCGCUCCUCAGCUCCCCACAGCGGGGAGAAGUAUGUGAGGAGGGGAUUAGGGUCUUAGGAGAAAGACUAAGGUACAAGGUUCCUUGAGGAACUGCCAAGGCCCCGGAACAAGCCUCAGAAGUCCAGGACGCCCUGGCUGUCACUCAGACAAACAGAGAAGGACCAAGCCUUAAAGUCCCCCGAGCGUGGAAAGAAUUAGCCCUCCCCCACCUGAACUGUCACCUCCACCUGCACCACCAAAGCCAUUCUUGCCUAGGCAUCUCUUCUGGCAGGGUUCUGGAUGCCUCCAUCAAAGCUGGGGGCUUCUCCUUUCUCGACAAGGCCUCGCUUCCCAGAGCUGGUUCCCAGGCAGAGGGGGCAGGUGGUGGGAGGAUUGGACCCCUGGUUCUGGUGUUGCCUUUCUUCUGGUCCGCCAGGUCCCUGCAGGCAGGGGCUUCUCCUGAGGCAGUGCUGUUUCCUUAGAGCAUGGCACAUAGUAGGCAGUUAAUAAAUGGAAGCCAGGGGAAGCGAGGUAGGAGGGAGGGGGUGGAAGAGUUCACACCCUUGACUGCCCAUGCGUGGCAUCCUCCUGCCUGUGUGUUCUUGACUUUGGGGUUUUCCAAAGCAGGAACAUUCCCAAUAAAAGUUUG